AUGUUAUACCUCCAUGUCAUCCAAUAUUUUGGAUUUCUUGGUUCUCAACUUGCAAACUCCUUUUUAGUAUACCUAAUUAUGACAAAAGCCCGAAAAUUGUUUGGAAUGUACCGAUUUGUAAUGCUAGGAUUUGCCUUCUUUUUCUUGAUCUAUUCAUGGAUAGAAAUCCUCACUCAACCGGUUAUUCAUAUAAAAUCUCCGGUUUGCAUUGUGUUUAUGGAUAGCUCACUGAAAUACUUCAAAACUCUUGGAUUCAAUCUUACCUGUUUGUACUGCGCAUGUUUUGCUCUUGUUAUCUCCCUCUUGUCAGCUCAAUUCUUCUACAGAUUUUUGGCGGUUUGCAAGCCACAUUCACUUUCUCAUGGUGAAGAACGUAUUUUAUUUUACUUAUUUUUUCCUUGUGUUUUGUGCUUCAUUGCUUGGUUUGGAUUUGUGUACUGGGGAAUGGCUAAUACGGUUGAAAAACAAUUGUACAUGAAAAAUGAACUAGCAGAAAAAUAUAACGAAGACUCUGAGAAUGUAGCGUUUAUUGCGGUUAUGUAUUGGUCACUUGAUAAAAAUGGGCAGAAAAUUUGGAAGAUUUGGGAUAUUGCACUCUUACUGGCAUGUGUUGCAACAAUUGGCGGCUGUUUUAUGACGAUAGUCUAUUGUGCAUCAAGGAUUUACAGAAAAAUGAAGGAUACAAGUAGUCACAUGAGCGAGCGGACACUAGAACUCAAUAGACAGUUGUUUAUCACAUUGACCAUUCAGACAAUUUUACCUCUAUUUAUGAUGUACAUUCCUGUUGGGUUAGCAACUUCUCUUCCAAUCUUUGAGAUCAAAAACGGACGGAUUGCCAAUUUCACUGCAGCCAGCUUAGCCGUCUAUCCGUUUCUAGAGCCACUAGUUCCAAUGAUUUGCAUAAAAGAAUUCAAAAAAGUUAUUUUGUGUACGAAGAACAGAAAAGUGGCAUCUCCAACUACUUUCUUAACACCCGUAUCAGGAGUUUAUUCAUCGAGUACUAAUGCCAUUCUUUAA